AUGGCGUCGUCCAAGCCUUCGUUAUCGUUCCCCUUCCCCGUCCCCGCCCCCGACCCGUCCGACGAGGUCGUGCGCGAGUUCGGCCCGCUGCUCCGGAUCUACAAGAGCGGCCGCAUCGAGCGGCCCCUGGUGGCCCCGCCCGUGGAUCCCGGCCACGACGCCGCCACGGGGGUCCAGUCCAAGGACGUCCACCUCGGCUCCUACUCCGCCCGCCUCUACCUGCCGCCCGUGGCCGACAGCGCCAAGGCCAAGCUGCCCAUCGUCGUGUACGUCCACGGCGGCGGGUUCGUGGCCGAGUCCGCCGCGUCGCCCGGCUACCACCUCUUCCUCAACAGGCUGGCCGCCGCCUGCCCCGCGCUCGUCGUCUCCGUCGACUACCGCCUGGCGCCGGAGCACCCGCUCCCCGCGGGGUACGACGACUGCCUCGCCGCGCUCAAGUGGGUGCUCUCCGCCGCCGACCCCUGGGUCGCGGCCCACGGGGACCUCGCCCGCGUCUUCGUCGCCGGGGACAGCGCCGGCGCCAACAUCUGCCACCACCUCGCCAUCCACCCGGACGUCGUCGUCCAUCAGGAACAGCAGCAGCAGCAGCAGGCCCGCCCGCCGCCGCCGCCGCUCAAGGGCGCCGUGCUCAUCCACCCCUGGUUCUGGGGCUCCGAGGCCGUGGGCGAGGAGCCCGCGGACCCCGCCGCGCGCGCCAUGGGCGCCGGGCUCUGGUUCUUCGCGUGCCCCGAGACCAGCGGCAUGGACGACCCGCGGAUGAACCCCAUGGCGCCCGCCGCGCCGGGGCUCCACACGCUGGCGUGCGAGCGCGUCAUGGUGUGCGCCGCGGAGGGCGACUUCCUCAGGUGGCGCGGCCGCGCGUACGCCGAGGCGGUGGCCGCGGCCAGGGGCGGCGGCCUCGGGGUCAGGGACGCCGCCGCCGCCGGCGUCGAGCUGCUGGAGACCAUGGGAGAGGGCCACGUCUUCUACCUCUUCAAACCCGACUGCGACAAGGCCAAGGAGAUGAUGGACAAGAUGGUCGCCUUCAUCAAUGCCCCGUGA